AUGGACCCUGAAACCCCCCCUAGAUUCCAGUUCCCUGCCUACGUAAUUCAUCUCCUCAAUUCUCCAGCUUCAGUUUAUGGCGACGGUGAACGAUGGAAGGGCUCGCCAUACGAAAGCGGUGGAGCCGAAGAAAAACCCCGCAAGAGGCCUUUUCGUCCAGAGAUAAAUGAAGAACCCCAGAUUGUUUGUAAGGAGGCUGGGCGCAAUAAUUCAACUGGAGGAUCAGAUGAAGGUGCGAAUUCUACUAGCAUCUCUGCUUCCACUGGGGUAUCAGAGCUUCAACAAAUGUGCAAACAGAAAACCUUUACUUGGUCUGAAAUUCAACACCCAACGACUAUGGAGAAACUCCCGGAUGAUGCUUUGGUAAACAUAUUCAUCCGAUUAUUGGCAAAACAGGUUGCUCAAAUGAGAUCCGUCUCCAAAUCUUGGAAUGCCUUCUUAUCUCAUCCAUCCUUUAUAAAAUCCCACCUCCAUCAUUCCAUCAAUAACAAGGAUCGACUUCUCUUGGUCUUCUACAAUGAGACAUCUUCUUCUGACCCUGAACCAUUCACUGUACACCCAUGUCGAUCUCCACAUAUCGAACACACUAAUUCCAUCAAACUCCCUGCGGUUAAUCCCAAAUCUGGACAUACUACUAGCAGCAUCAGAAUUAUCGGUUCUGUUCACGGCUUAAUAUGCUCUCGUUACGGUUUUGAUGUCAUUCACAUUUGGAAUCCUUCUAUUUCCACCGUGUCAACUCUCCCACCACAUUAUAUACCCUCCGGUGAUCAUAGUUAUGACAUUUAUUUCCGGUUUGGGUUUGAUCCAAAAACAGAGGAUUACAAAGUUGUUAAGAUUAUAGGCCUUACCGGUACUUUACCACAUAUUGUUAAAGAGUGGCUGCAAGUUGAGGUUUAUAGCAUGAAAAGAGAUGGGCAUGGUGGAUAUCUUCAUUGGCAUGCCUUUAUUCGUGAUCAGGAGGAGGGGGAGCUAGAAACGAUAGUGGCAUUUGAUUUGGGUUCAGAGACAUUCCGUGAGAUACCUUUUCCUGAUUCUCUACUUGAUAGCAAACGCUCGAAUGCUUUAGGAGGUUUGGGUGGAAAGCUUUGUGUGAUGUCAUGGUAUGAGGAAGAUGAUGUAUGUGAGGUGUGGGUGAUGUAUGAGUAUGGUGUGACUGAAUCAUGGGCGAAACACUAUGUUAUGUCGCAUUUGCAUUUACCGAAUGGUGUAGGUUAUGGAUUCACAUCACACAAUGAGGUUCUUAUUGUAGAUGAUGAUUUCCGUAUUGUUUUGUAUGACCCAACUGCAGGGAAAGCUAAAAUCUUAGACAAAUUUUGUCAUGGAAAUGACAGCAUGGAAAAAUUUGUGGAGUAUGUCGACAGUCUUAUUUGGGUGGCACCUCCCAAGCAUGAGAUGUCUCAAGUCUGGACCUGGUCUCACCAACGGCCACCGCUGCAAUCAAUCACCGCUCCACUUCUCACCACCGCUGGCGGCUGCAAUCAGAUACAAUCAUAG